UAUAAACAGAGUAUCAUAUAUAUUCAGACAUUUUAAAAGUCUUGCUUUUCAUUCUACUCCAUUCUUUUAUGCUAAGAUAGAGAACAGCAGCAAACUUAUAGAUCAUGAGAUUAAAAAUUCAUUAAAUAUGAAAUCUACCUUGUAAAUAUUUGUGAUAACAUCUUUAAUAAGUAAUGUUUAUUGCUGGCUUUAUUAUUAUCAUUGUAGUAAUUCUUAUUGAAGUAUCAUCCGUCGAUAACAUAUUGAUUCACUAUUUUCACCAUUGUAACCUUGAACUUGACUCACGUAUUCACUGUUUGUGGGGAGUGUCUGCAAUCUUGUAUUAGUAACUAUUAAUUAUUAUAUCUUUUGUAUAACUUUUAUUAAUAAUUAUGGAUCCUUCGAUCUUCCCUGAAGAAAUUUGGGUAAAAAUCUUAUUAUAUUGUGAUGUACCUGAUAUUAUUGCUAUCGGUAAUACGUGCAAAUAUUUGAGGAAAGCUUCAGAUACUGAUUACUUGUGGAAAAUGAAGUGGCUACAAUUGAUUUCAAAAGUACAUUUUAGAUUUCCAGAUAUAAAGUGUUUACAAUUACUUAGUGUCAGCUUUAAAGCAAUGUGCUAUAGAUUAUAUAUGGUAAUUACAUUGGGAGAAAAUGUUCAUUUCCCAAAAUGUCGUCACUGCAGUGGUUAUACAUGUCAAAGAAAUUGCGUUGAAGGUUCUAGCGCAAAAGUAGUAAUUGAAAUUGGAAAUAAGUAUACAUGGGUUAUUGAGCCACAUUUUGAAUUAAGAAGACAUUUUUCAAUGUUUGGUGUACCUAAAUAUAAUAAUGAAACAUAUUUGGAACAAACACAAAAUGUCCCAAGUAGUAGUACACGUCCAAAAUGUGAUGGCAAAUCACUAGCUAAAAAGUUAAAACUAUUGAAAUUAUCUGAAUUAGCAACUGCUAAAAUCCCUAGACCUAGUGGUCCAUUUUGUGUUUUUUGUAAUUCUGUUAAAUUAUAUAGAGAAAAAAAGAGAUUAAUUACUCAUCAAAAUGAUCCAACAUGUUAUGCAAGGCCAAAUCCAAUUUAUGAGAAACUUAUAAAUGGAUAUUGCACUGAUACCGUCGAAGUACUUGGAAUUCCAAAUGUUGAUCUUGUUAGUCCAGCAGAAGCAUUAUUAAGCGAUGGAACAUUUCCUGUUCUUAAAACAUUUGUUGGUCAUUUGUUUCAUCAAAUGAGAUUAACUUCAACAUUAAGGAAACCCAAUGCAGUGCUCAUGUUCUGUGAACCAUUAGCUAUGCAUCCAAUGCUAAGAAAACAAUUGUUGCAUUACUUGUUCCAAGAAGUCAAGGUAUCAAGAGUAUGUCUGGUUCCUAAACCUUUAGCAGCAUGUGCAAUGCUGGAUGUGGAAACUUGUGUCGUAGUUGAUAGUGGUGCUUUAAGUACAACGGUAGCUGUUGUAAUUGGUGGACGUGUUAUACCACAACGUUGGAGAUUAUUACCUGUUGGUGGUUGGCAUGUAGCAUACCAUCUAAAACAAGCUAUGCAUUGGUAUCUAAAAGGAUGUUAUCAUAUUCCUAUAUCAUAUCUGGAUACAUUACCUAUUAAAGAAAGGUGUAGACUAAGUUACAAUAUCAAAAAUGAAGAGAGAAGAGUAGGACAAAAGAAUGAAGAAUGUAUUAAAGUUAGAGUUCGAAGUUAUACUGAUAAUAAGCAAUUUCUGAGAGUUUCCUUGGGUUCAGAAUUAUAUAUUGCUCCCGAAAUGAUGUAUAUCGACCUUGGUUUACCACAAGUGAUAAAAGAUGUAACGUCUGGUUUAUCGGAAGAAAUAUUACAUGAUUGUCUCUCACACAUUUUGCUCACUGGAGGCAAUACACACCUUUCAGGUUUUGGGCUAAGAUUGACUAAAGAUUUACGAGAAUUAUUACCAGAGCACAGCAAGAUAUUAGAAGUAAGAAGUUGUCCUGGUACUCAUAGUUGGAAUGUUGCAAUGGGUUCCACAUACGUGCCUUUAGCUGUACAUCCUGACAAGACACCACCAGAAUAUAUAGAAGGUAAUCCAUUUUGGUUGUCAAGAGAAGAAUAUGUUUUAUUUGGGUGUGAAUCGUUAGAGCAGUAAAUCCGUAAUAAGUGAUUUUUUACAAUGUCAAUACCUCACUUAUUAUAUAAAUGCAAAUCUUUGCAUGUGUAAAACUGUUGAAAAAGUAAAGGAAAAACUGUCAUGAAGAAAAUCUUCUCAUGAAUUGCCUUUAAAUUAGAUGCAAAAUAUAAUCGUAGAUAAUUGGAGGAGCAUUCCAAGAUAAAGUGCUUGGACAAAAAUAGAUAUUGAUACUUCUGGGGCCCAUCUUACAAGGAAACGGAAGGUGUAAGCUCUACUAAUAUGUAUCCAAUGAAUACUGGGAUAGACACACGUUUCCGCACCUAUCUUGCAAUGUUAUGCCCAUUAAGCACUUUUUGUCACCACAUUAUCAUUGAUCUCUAUCAGUUUAACAACAUUUUAAAUCCAUUCGAUAUCAUGUAUCAAAUCACGUCACUUCCAAAUUCUCUUUUACGUUUUCUUGACAUUCUAAAACGUCACUAGUAAUUAAAUCCUCAACUGAUCUCACAAUGUAGCUAAGAUUUCUUAAUUCGAAUCGUAGUAAGUUAAAUAAAAUUGUUUCUACAUCGUAGAACUUAAUCAAUAUCUGGAUUUUCUACUCUUAUUGAAUAGCACCUAAAUCCAAUAAUAUGGAUUCCGUCCAUCCUAAGUUUUCAACAAUAUAACGUUACAUUAUUGAUCGCUUUUAUAAACUUUAGAGAAAUGAUCAGUAAAUGAGGUACUAAAUUGGAGAACAUUUAUAUUGUAAUAUGUAUUCUACAUCCUUUAUUUUACAUUAAAUUUUAAUACUUUUAUUGCACAUCAGGUUUUCCUGGUAACUCACUCCCAUUAGCAUUGAGAAUUAAUCAUUCCAUACUCAUGGCGAACUGCCAUUUAUGGUCCAUAUUCCCAAAAUUGUAUCUUCUCCUAUCCCUUAUAAGAUGAUUUUUAUGUAUAUAGCCCAAACAAUAAUUUGUUUUGUACAUACAUACAUACAUACAUACAUACAUACAUACAUACAUACAUACAUACAUACAUAUGUUUCAUUGCUUAAUAUACAGGUAAAUAAUUUUAGAAAGUAUUAUUUAAAAAUAAGUAUUAUAAAUUUUUAAAAACUUUUUCAUGAUUUCCCAAAUUUACAAUACAUCAUUCUUGCCAAAAUAAGAAAUAUCUAUUAAUAGCCCCCCAAAAAAGAAAAAAAAAUAGCAACAUUUCUAGUCACUUUGAAUAUAAUUAAACUAUUUAGACUUCUCUUCCAAGAUAGUAGAUACUAUUAAAAAAAAGAAUUUAUAAUGAGAUUUUAGAACCAUGAAUCUUUAAAUAUUAAUAUUAUGCAGUAUACGAUUAUUGUUACCAUAAUUUUCUUCAAUUCUACAUAUGAUUUUGUGAACAAUUUAAUAUGCAAUUGUUGUUUUUGAAAUGUACAUUAAAUUAUUCUAUUAAUUCUAUUAAUUAAUUAGAUAAUUCUAUUAAUUGUUAAGCUGUAAGUAAAAACUUAUAUAAUAUUUAAGAAGUUAUACAACAUUUUAAUACUAAUUUAAGGAAUAUUCUAUAAUAAUAGUAUAUAAAUUAAUUUAAAAACACAUACGUAUAUUAUAAAUAUCAUAGUAAACUAUGUUUUUGUUAAUGAAAAAAAAUCUAUGCAAGUUAUUACAUUAUUGAAACACAUUUUAAUUUAUGAUCUUAUGAUUAUUGCGAUAUAUAUAUAUAUAUAGGUGCUUAUAUAACAUAAGUCUACAUAAUGUAAGCAUGUAUAUAAUUUAAUAAUUUUAAGCUAUAAAAUGAUAUGAAUAUUUAUAAUACAGUUUUUACAAAUUACAUACAUUUAAGAUCUAAUUUAUGUUCUCUUAUCUUAAAAUGAUUUGAAUAAUUCGUAAUACUAUAUAACGUAAUACAUUAUAACGUGAUAUAAUAUAAGGUAAUACAAUAUAACGUAAUAUAAUAUAACGUAAUACCAAAUACCGUAACGUAACAGUAUAACGUAGUAUAAUAUAACGUAAUUCUAAACAGCGUAAUACUAUAAAACUUAAUAUAUCAUAACGUAUUACUAUUUAACGUAAUAUUGUGUUGGCAACUAAGUGACUGGGGGUUUUGUCAUUACCACUUAAUGAAAAUCCGCUAUCACUUAGUUGUCUACCCAAUACAUUAUAACCUAAUACAUUAUAACGUAAUACUAUAUAAAAUAACUCAUUAUAACGUAAUAUAAUAUAACAUAAUAUAAUGUAACGUAAUACAAUAUAACGAAAUACUAUAUAACGUAAUAUAAUAUGACGUAAUUCUAUAUAACGUAAUAUAUUAUAAUGCAAUAUAAUAUACCGUAAUACUAUAUAACGUAAUACAUUAUAACGUAAUAUAAUAUAGCAUAAUACAGUAUAACGCAAUAUAAUAUAACGUAAUACAAUAUAAUGUAAUACUAUAUAACGUAAUUCUAUCUGACGUAAUACAUUAUAACGUAAUAUAAUAUACCGUAAUACUACAUAACGUAAUAUAUUAUAACGUAAUAUAGUAUAACGUAAUACUAUAUCAUGUAAUUGUAUAUAACGCAAUGCAAUAUAACGUAAUAUAAUAUAACGUAAUACCAAAUACCGUAACGUAACAGUAUAACGUAGUAUAACAUAACGUAAUUCUAAACAGCCUAAUACUAUAAAACGUAAUAUAUCAUAACGUAUUACUAUUUAACGUAAUAUUGUGUUGGCAACUAAGUGACUGGGGGUUUUUGUCAUUACCACUUAAUGAAAAAUCCGCUAUCACUUAGUUGUCUACCCAAUACAUUAUAACCUAAUAUGUUAUAACGUAAUACUAUAUAAAAUAACUCAUUAACGUAAUACAUUAUAACGUAAUAUAAUAUAGCAUAAUACAGUAUAACGUAAUACAAUAUAACGUAAUGCUCUAUAACGUAAUAUAAUAUACCGUAAUAUUAUAUCAUGUAAUUGUAUAUAACGUAAUACAGUAUAACGUAACAUAAUAUGCCGUAAUACUAUAUAACGUAAUAUAAUAUAACGUAAUUCUAUAUAACGUAAUACAUUAUAACGUAAUACCGUAAUACUAGAAAACGUAAUACGAUAUAACGUAAUACUAUAUAGCGUAAUACUACAUAACGUAAUACGUUAUAACGUAAUAUAUAGCAUAAUACUAUAUAACGUAAUUCUAUCUGACGUAAUACAUUAUAACGUAAUAUAGUAUACCGUAAUACUACAUAACGUAAUACGAUAUAACGUAAUACUAUACAGCGUAAUGCUAUGUAACGUAAUACUGGGUUGGCAACUAAGUGAUUGCGGAUUUUGUCAUUACCACCUAAUGUAUAUAGUAUAUAUUAUAUAGUGAAGUAUAUAGUAUAUAUAUUAUAUAGUAUUUUAUAUAUAAUAUAUUAAAUUUAUUCGAAAAUAUUAGAAUAGUUUAUUGGACAUCGAUGCGAACUCUACGUAGUUCAUGACGGUGUCUCGGCAGUCUGAGGAGCGCAUGUUCCACGGUUGCAGAGUUUUUCGUUAAUGUGAGCUGUGUGAGAUAUUUUGUGCAUCUGAAAAUUUAGAGCAAAUGUACGUUGAUCGCAAAUGGUGGUAAAUACAACGCGAAGGAUAAUUUUAAUUAUCUCUUAUGUAGUUAUAGCUUAUCGUAUCUGUUUGUUUUCCUUUGUAUAAAUUGCCCUGCGAGCAUGGAUGGACGAUGCAUCUGGAGAAGUGGAUUGUGACAAAUAACAACGAACAGCAAGAGGAUUAACAAGAGGAAGAAGGAAAUGAGCGUUUAAUCGCUGAUAAUGAGAAAUUGUAUUAUCUCGUUGGUUAUGUGCGAGCUUGGGGGGGGGGGGGGGGAAAUGUGUAACGAAGGGAGGGCAGGAAGAAGUAACUCGUAAAUGUGUAAAUAAGAUGUGCAAAAGAAAAAGCGUUUGGAAAUGUGAAACGUUUUCCUUGAAGCAGGUAAUAAUAAGAGCGUAAAAAUAUAGGGUGAAAAGACGAGGUGUGUAAAAAAGAUGCGUAAAUAAAAUAAACGCGUUUUUAGCUUGGGUGUGUGAAAGGUGGAGCAGGGAAGGUAAUAGCGAUGUUGAUUCAGCAUGGGAAUUUGUCAAAACAUGGGUUAAUUUUGUUAGAAAAUUGUAAAAUAUGUAAAAACAUUGUAGACGUUAGAUGGGUGAAAGUUCAAAGAAGUAAGAAAAGAAGGGAAAGAGAGUAUAAAAUGAUAAUAAGUAAUACGUAAGGCAAUAUAAUUUUUUGGAUGGCAAAAGAAUGGAUUUGUUUGGAUUCUAGGAGACUAAAGAAUAAAUAAAGAUACAUUUAGGAGAUA